AUGUCGUACGGUCCACGGCCGGCACAGCUGUGCCUGCUGUCAAGCUUACCGAAGAAACAGGUGGGGGAUAAAGUGAGGUUUUUGGGAUGUGUAGUUUCAUACUCGCCGGUGUCUGGCGUCUUGACGUUAGAGCAUCGUCUCCCGGAGCAGGCUCACUCCACUCGCGCCCUUGUGGAUGUGAAGCUCGUGCUAGAAAACUUGGGGGGGGGGCAUACCAGUGUGGGAGAGUGGGUGAACGUCAUCGGAUACAUCACUGAUAUUGCUCCCUUGGCCGAUGGCAAAGAGUCGGAUCGAGGAAGCCCAACGGUCCACACCCAAGCCGUCCUUGUCUGGUCGACCGGAGCAUUCGACAUACGACGAUACGAGAGGUCACUCAGAGUACUCGGCCAGACUAGCUCUGCCAGCUGCCCCGACGUCUCUUGA